AUGGAUGUGGCGCCCUUGGUGCAAAGCUUCACCGCGGUGGCGCCCGACAGACUCAUCGAGUUGUGCCCCAGCCAAGAGGUCGAUUUGCUGCGGCUGGGCCAGCUGCUUGCUGCGCGCUUUUUCAACGAAUGCCUCCAGCUGCAGCGCGCCUUUGGUGAUUUGCGGGUCUCCCUGGCUGCUGCUAACGAGCAGCUGUCCAGUGAGGGCGAGCUGGGGCGGCUGAAGCAGCACUGCGAGGACCUGGAGCGACAGUUGCAAGAUCGGCAGGUGUCACUGGCUCCGCCAACGCCCAGGGGGGCGCUGGCUCCGCUGGCUCCACCAACGCCCAGGGAGGCCUGCGCGAACUGCUGUGAGGCACAGCGCCGGCUUCAGCGCUGCGAGGCUGAGCUGGCGGAGCUGCAG